AUGGAUUCUGUAGAUGAUGACGUGUCUGCUCGGAUUCUCCUGCAAAAUGUAAUUCAUACGGAGUCCUCCAGGUCCCCAAUUACCCGCAGGUAAAUCAACACUGUCGAAAAGUGUCACCCACGGUACCUACUACUAUAUCAACUAAACUUGCUUUGGCUAGCGGUUGUCUACUGUGAUAUGUCAAUUUUAGUGGUAUAAGCCAUGUGUGUUCUGUCCUCUCUAGUGCCUCCCAGGCUCAGUUCCAGUCCCCGGGGUCCAGAGUCAGACGUAGUAUCAGACUAAGGAGGAGUGAUGUUGGGGCCCUUACCCCACAGGAGGCCCUCAAACAGAGCAUCAAAAAGAAGCUUCGUGAGGUCAGGUUAAGCCGGGUGUAUACUACGUGAUUUUGGCCCCAAUUUGAGCUGUUCCAGACACGUUUUUGAGAUCGGAGACUAAAUCCCCAUGUCCUUGCCUACUCUGGGCGCGCGGACAUUACCUAGGAUCGUUUUAUGUGAGCGGGUCAGAGACGCAAUAUGAGGGCUACCGAUCCUGUCUUUGAACAGUCCCAGACGUCCCGAUAUUUUCAAACAUGUUUGAUUUUAUCUGCACAAAAUCUGUGUGUAGUGUGACAUAUGCAACGACAAUAUUUGAGAACUGUGAUCAGCAAGAUGAUGACGUUGUAUCUCAUCACCCAGAAUGUGUACUCUCGAGCAGGAGCGAUGACUACUACUAGUAUGCGUUUGUACUUGCUAAAGUGUCAAUUUGUUACAGCUCUGACAAGCUCUUUACACACAAUGUUAUUCAAUUAAAAAUGUAUUGGCUAGAUAUUUCAACUCUGUAUGGCAAGUGUGAAUGUCUGACUGAAAAUGUUUGAGGCUGCUUUGAGCCACAGCUUGUUCUAGCUAUCUAAUCACAUCACAUCCUUGUCAAGACAGUGUGGUAUAGAGAAUCCUCACAUCCAAGUGAAGAAUCUUGUGGUGUGUGACCCCCCCCCCCCCCCUCGUCUGUUCCACAUCGUUUAGUUUGUGCACCACUAUGUUGGCAAGACAAACAACUACAGGAAAGACGGUAGUUUAAUGUGUGAGGCUCAGUGAUGUUAGGAUUUUAAAAGUAAUGUAGUGUCCGCCCGGCAUUACUUUGGAUGUCAGUCUUUCUGUCCGUUUGUCUGUGUAGGGCAGAGGGACUGUUUUAACCAAGGCUUGUGUUGUGUUGAGUUCAUCAGCAUUUUUGUAUUUUUUCUUACAGAGCACUUCCAGGUCUUCCCUGCCAGUGCCACCCAGUAAGAGGCGGACUAUAUCAGAGGGAGUCAGGAAGAUAAACACGCCUGCACCAGCCACAGCCUCACUUCUCUAUGACGAUGACAUCACACCUAGAUACCUACUCAGGGGGAUCCUGCAGACAGGUGAGUGUUGUCAUGUCACAGUGAGAGAGUGGGGUAAUAUGUAUGUUUAUUAUAUGCUCAUCACUCCUGAGUGGCGCAGUGGUCUAAGGCACUGCAUCGCAGUGCUAACUGUGCCACUAGAGAUCCUGGUUCGAAUCCAGGCUCUGUCGCAGUCGGCCGCGACCGGGAGACUCAUGGGCGGCGCACAAUUGGCCCAGCGUCGUCCAGGGUAGGGGAGGGAAUGGCCGGCAGGGAUGUAGCUCAGUUGAUAGAGCAUGGCGUUUGCAACGCCAGGGUUGUGGGUUUGAUUCCCACGGGGGGCCAGUAUAAAAAUAUAUAUAUAUGUAUUCACUAACUGUAAGUCGCUCUGGAUAAGAGCGUCUGCUAAAUGACUAAAAUGUAAAUGUAAAAUGUCAUCAUGGGCACAUUAUGGCCUGUUGUUCAGUGAUCUUUGUCUUGUUGCUUUUCUGUCACCUCUCUGAUUGGUCAGAGCCGGAGACAUCCCUGCUGGUUCAGGACUGGCCAGUCAGGAAGGAGCCAGAGCUGCCCUCCACAAACUCCGGUCUUCACAGCAACCGCCCAAGGUAUGCUGACAGAGAUGGACGAUAUCCUCAGAGGUGCACUCAGGACACACAGCCCUCUGCAUUAUUGGUGUGGUGAUGUGUUUGUGCGUUCACACCUUGUUUUUGUGUGUGUCUACUAGUACAGGGCUGUCUGAGUUGGAUCUCCCUGACAUGACCACCACAGUAAACCUGUCAAAUACAGUGAAGGGACUAAGCAGGAAGCGACCACGUCGGAGUCUCAACAUAACAGCAUUCAACAGGCAGCUUGAACAUGGUGAAGGUAAGGUCAAGGUCGGCACUGUACAGUUUGUGCGCAUGGUUAAGUUUGUGUGAUAUCUGUAACUGGAGCAUGUUCUGAACGUGUUAGAGAGGGCGUGAUUAAGCAUACUGGUUAACUGCUCUAUAUGAGAAGAUAUUUUCUGUUCGGCUCAUUUUGCCCCACUGACAAUCCCACUUUUCAUGGUUUCAGGUUUAAAUCAAAUACAAUUUUAUUUGUCACAUGCGGCAAAUACAACGGGUGUAGACUUUACUGUGAAAUGUUUGGUUACGAGCCCUUCCCAACGAUGCAGAGUUAAAAAAGAAUAAUGCAAAUAGUAACACAAGAGGAAUAAUAUACACAACAAUGGAAUAAAAUACACAACAAUGGAACUACAGUUGAAGUCUGAAGUUUACAUACACUUAGGUUGGAGUCAUUAAAACUUGCUUUUUCAACCACUCCACAAAUUGCUUGUUAACAAACUAUAGUUUUGGCAAGUUGGUUAGGACAUCUACUUUGUGCAUGACACAAGUAAUUUUUCCAACAAUUGUUUACAGACAGAUUAUUUCACUUAUAAUUCACUGUAUCACAAUUCCAGUUGGUCAGAAGUUUACAUACACUAAGUUGACUGUGCCUUUAAACAGCUUAGAAAAUUCCAGAAAAGGAUGCCAUGGCUUUAGAAGCUUCUGAUAGGCUAAUUGACAUCAUUUGAGUCAAUUGGAGGUGUACCUGUGGAUGUAUUUCAAGGCCUACCUUCAAACUCAGUGCCUCUUUGCUUGACAUCAUGGGAAAAUCAAAAGAAAUCAGCCAAGACCUCAGAUUUUUUUUUUUAGACCUCCACAAGUCUGGUCAUCCUUGGGAGCAAUUUCCAAACGCCUGAAGGUACCACGUUCAUCUGUACAAACAAUAGUACGCAAGUAUAAACACCAUGGGACCACGCAGCCGUCAUACCUCUCAGGAAGGAGGACGCGUUCUGUCUCCUAGAGAUGAACGUACUUGGUGCGAAAAAUGCAAAUCAAUCCCAGAACAACAGCAAAAGACCUUGUGAAGAUGCUGGAGGAAACAGGUACAAAAGUAUCUAUAUCCACAGUAAAACAAGUCCUAUAUCGACAUUACCUGAAAGGCCGCUCAGCAAGGAAGAAGCCACUGCUCCAAAACCGCCUUAAAAAAGCCAGACUACGGUUUGCAACUGCACAUGGGGACAAAGAUCGUACUUUUUGGAGAAAUGUCCUCUGGUCUGAUGAAACAAAAAUAGAACUGUUUGGCCAUAGUGACCAUUGUUAUGUAUGGAGGAAAAGGGGGGUAACUUGCAAGCCGAAGAACACCAUCCCAACCGUGAAGCACGGGGGUGGUUUGCUGCAGGAGGGACUGGUACACUUCACAAAAUAGAUGGCAUCAUGAGGAAGGAAAAUUAUGUGGAUAUAUUGAAGCAACAUCUCAAGACAUCAGUCAGGAAGUUAAAGCUUGGUCGCAAAUGGGUCUUCCAAAUGGACAAUGACCCCAAGCAUACUUCCAAAGUUGUGGCAAAAUGGCAUAAGGACAACAAAGUCAAGGUAUUGGAGUGGCCAUCACAAAGCCCUGACCUCAAUCCUAUAGAAAAUCUGUGGGCAGAACUGAAAAAGCGUGUGCGAGCAAGGAGGCCUACAAACCUGACUCAGUUACACAAGCUCUGUCAGGAGGAAUGGGCCAAAAUUCACCCAACUUAUUGUGGGAAGCUUGUGGAAGGCUACCCAAAACGUCUGACCCAAGUUAAACAAUUUAAAGGCAAUGCUACCAAAUACUAAUUGAGUGUAUGUAAACUUCUGACCCACUGGGAAUGUGAUGAAAUAAAUAAAAGCUGAAAUAAAUCACUCUCUACUCUUAUUCUGACAUUUCACAUUCUUAAAAUAGUAGUGAUCCUAACUGACCUAAGACAGGGAAUUUUUACUAGGAUUAAAUGUCAGGAAUUGUGAAAAACUGAGUUUAAAUGUAUUUGGCUAAGGUGUAUGUAAACUUCUCACUUCAACUGUAUAUACAGGGAGUACCAGUACCAGAUCAAUGUGCAGGGGUAUGAGGUAUUUUAGGUAUACUGUAUGUACAUGAAGGCAGGGUAAAGUGACUAGGCAUCAUAAUAGAUAAUAAUAAGAGUAAAAUAAAGAACAGAGUAGCAGCAGCAUAUGAUUGAUUGUGUGUGUGUGUGUAGUAUUGUGAGUGCAUAUAGUCACUGCAAGAAAGGAUCAAUGCAGAUAAUUAAUGGUUACACAGACUAUCUGCAUUGAUCCUUUCUUGCAGUGACUAUAUGCACUCACAAUACUACACACACACACACACACACAAUCAUAUGCUGCUGCUACUCUGUUCUUUAUUCUAAUGGCUAUUUAGCAGUAUUAUGGCUUGGGGGUAGAAGCUGUCUUGGAGCAUGUUGGUUAAGAGUCUGAUUAUGGAUGUAUUCGCUUUCUGAUAGAAUUUUAUGUUUGUGGAUUCCUUAUUUGCAGACAGAGAGGGUGAAGGUGGCAGUGCAACAGAAAAAUACCUCUCAUCCCAGUCUUCUGCCUCUCCAAGGUAAAGAGCUGCAAAUGGGAAACAUUUCUGCUCUCUCAUUGAAUUUCAGUAGUGAAUGUCAGAAAUGUAACUGAGGGUGUUUUCUCACACAUUUUGUAGCUCUAUCACCCUCUCUCUGAAAACACCCUUUGUGGACGUUCGGACUGAGAAAAGGGGAUUUCAAAGGAAGGUAGCAAAUCGUAAAAAAAUUAGCAUUGAUGAGUUUGACAAGGCCCUACAGAAUCGACAGGUGGCGAUGGGUGGAAACACUGGUAAGCCCCUUCCUCUGCAUCCUCUCAUCCUAUCCCAUUUAUUCCCCCUUAUAUCUCUGCUUGUCUUUUGUUCUGUGUAUUAUAUUGUUUGAUAUGUACUUAAAUUAUCUGGAACAAUAUGAGAUUGAGACUCUUAUUUAAGACCACAUUUUGUGUGAAUAGUAGAACUUAAACCUAGUUCUUCCACCUAUUUCUCUUCCCACGCCCACCUCUCUCUCCCUGUUUUUCAGAGCUGAGUGUUAGGGAGGAUCAGCAGGGUCUCAGUGAGACUGUUCGGUCCGAGGGGUUCACCUUGGGACUGAGUGACCUCACCGCCCCUGACAUCACCCAUGACAUAAUCACCAGCAACACGGCGCUCUACGCCCUGCCUGUUGACACAGCGACAACCUUCACUAUCGCCACGCAGGACAAAGACACCAUCACAGGAACACAGAUCCAGCGAGAAAUGGGAGGAAUGAAGGAUGAGGAGGAGAAUGAUAUGGAGGAGGUUGGGGAACAAAAGGAGUAUGAGAUGGAAGUAGACAACAAAGAUGGAGAGGAUUUGGCUGGAGAUGCUGGGCAGAGAGAGGAGUCCAAAUCACAGACAGAAGAAGUAGACGAGGUAGCUGACUCCCGGACAGAAGAAGUAGAAGGUAGCUGACUCCUUGACAGAAGAGGAAGCGGUAGCUGAAUCUCGGACAGAAGAAGAAGAGGUAGCUGAAUCUCAGACAGAAGAGGAGGAGAUGGCUGAAUCUCAGACAGAAGAGGAGGAGAUGGCUGAAUCUCAGACAGAAGAAGAGGUAGCUGAAUCUCGGACAGAAGAAGAAGAGGUAGCUGAAUCUCAGACAGAAGAAGAGGUAGCUGAAUCUCAGACAGAAGAGGAGGAGAUGGCUGAAUCUCAGACAGAAGAAGAGGUAGCUGAAUCUCAGACAGAAGAAGAAGAAGAAGAAGAAGAAGAAGAAGAAGAAGAAGAAGAAGAAGAAGAAGAGAUGGUUAAAUCUCAGACAGAAGAAGAGGUAGUUGAAUCUCAGACAGAAGAGGAGGAGAUGGCUGAAUCUCAGACAGAAGAUGUAGCUGAAUCUCAGACAGAAGAAGAAGAAGAAAUGAUUAAAUCUCAGACAGAAGAAGAGGUAGCUGCAUCUCAGACAGAAGAAGAGAUGGCUGAAUCUCAGGCCGAAGAAGAGGUAUCUGAAUCUCAGACAGAAGAAGAAGAAGAGAUGGCUGAACCUCAGACAGAAGAUGUAGCAGAUGAUGGGGAGCAGGUAUUUGAAGAAGGGCAGGAAAAAGGUUUGACAUCACAGAGUUUAGCACACGAUGCGAUGCACAUCAGUCGGAGAGCUUAUUGCUCAGAGGGUGGAGUCAAGGUUGCUGGAGUGAUGGAAGGAGGGAGGGGCUACAAGAGCAUGGGAGCAGAGCUCCAUCCUACAGAGACUGGUGAGUCAGGAUGGUGAUGAGAGCGUGAUGUGAUAAUGAAAUAUGUGACAUUGGCCGACGUGGACAGUAUUCCACUUGGCUCAAAUACUGCUUGUCAACAAGACUGUUCAGUCUUUUUGAAGUUUGAAAAAUAAUCUUAGUGGGUCUAUUCUAUUAUUUAAUAUAGUAUUUGUGAGACUGUUUUAUUGAUGUCUUUGUGUGUGUGUUUGUAGGGUGGGCAGGCAGAAGGUCAGAGGGGGACACUGCUGGUGAGUGGCACAGCGGGCCGGAGGUGGGAGCUAGUGAGAGCGCCAAUCCCCGCACAGUAACCCUUAGCAGUGCCCCUCCCUCCCCGUUGCCCCAGGAAGAUGAGCUGGAAGGUUUCAGUAGAACAGCCACCAGCCCUGGCAAUGAGGAGAUGGAGAACUCCAUGCCUCCCUUAGAGAUUACCUUUGAACCUGAGAACAAUGCCCCUCACAGCAGCACUUCAUCCCUGCACCCCAUCACUGCCCAGAGCCCAGCUGACCAUGAGGACUGGGAUGAUGUGGAAGAGGAGGAUGGUAUCCAGUGUGAAGGUUAGAUCCACAAUUGCGCACAAUUGGCCCAGCGUCGUCCAGGGUAGGGGAGGGAAUGGCCGGCAGGGAUGUAGCUCAGUUGGUAGAGCAUGGCGUUUGCAACGCCAGGGUUGUGGGUUCGAUUCCCAUGGGGGGCCAGUAUGAAAAAAAUAUAUAUAAAAAAUAAUGUAUGCACUCACUAACUGUAAGUCGCUCUGGAUAAGAGCGUCUGCUAAAUGACUUAAAUGUAAAUAUGCUGUGAUGACUAACCCUUUCUUUCCUACAGAGCUGUCUAUGAAGACACCUGCGUUUGUCAGAGAGAAGAGGAAUGCUCUGCCCAUUGACCCCCUGGCCACACCCACUGUUCUCAAAAACCUUCAACCAAGGCAAGUCACACACAAAGACAUGCAAUCAUUUUAGUAGUAGUACUGUGUGUUUAUACGUGUGCUAGCUUAUGCAAGCUUGUGACCUAAUCUGUUGUGUUUUGGGGCCUCAGUGUUUCAGCUGGUGCUGCAGCUGCGUUGAAGCCCAAAGCGGUGAGGGGAAAGCGGGCUGGAUCAGCCAAGAAGGACCCUGGUCUCCCUAAGAGCUACAUCAUGAGCGUGUUCAAACACUUCGCCAAGACCAAGGUGUCUACAGAUGUCUACCCUGUCCUAAAGGAGAUGUAAGAGACUAGACCCAUCUUAGGAAAAAGUGCUUAUGUUCAUUCACUUACACAUUAAGUGAUAUAUACAUUUAGUGAUGUAACUGUCUGUUUUCAGACAGGAAAACAUCAGAAUGCAACUGUUAUUUUAUAAUUGAUGUUAAAUUAAUUGACGUACGUAUUAGUGACAGAAUAGAGGACUUACUUAAAGAUAAUGUAUUGAUUGAUGAAUGCAUGUAUGUAUAAAAUGGAUUUGCCAGAAUGGAGCGCUACUUUGACCGACUAGCUGAUGACUUGGAGACGUUUGCUGCUCACGCCAAGAGGAAGACCAUUGAGGUGGAGGACGUAGAGCUGCUGAUGCGGAGGUUUGUGUAUAGCUCUGGUUUCAUCAGCUGUUUAAGUGUACAGUAUGUACUAUAAUCUCCUUGUCGUGUGUGUGCGCGUGCAUUCGUCUUUCUCUAACUCUGUUUUUCUCUCCAGACAGGGGUUUGUGACUGAUAGCAUGCCGGUGAAUGUGUUGAUAGAGAAAUAUCUCCCAAUGGAAUCCCGAAAGCUCCUCAUUCCUGUGGCAACAAGUGGUAACUACGUCAUUCCCAAACCGAGGAGAAAAUGAUUGGCCUAUAUUGAGAAUGAUCAGCCCAAAUCAUACUGUUGUGGGCUGAUGUUGUAUAUUUGAUUGAAUAUCUAUUAACAGCUGUUCAUUUAUUAUUUGUAGACGCUCAUUCAAACACAUCCAGGACAAGACCAUGUAACCUGGUGUAAAUGUGUUGUAUUUGUUUGAAUAUGGCAUUGUCUUUUGUUUGUCAAAUAUCACUGCAAUAAAAUUGAUUUGAUUUAA